CCUGCAAUUGCCAUAUCAAUUCGAGAGCAACUUUAUGAGAUUGCAAUUCAAAGUGUUGCAUCCGCAAGAGAAAGUAGGGCAAAUAAGAAACGCAGAGUAACGGAACAUAUCUCAGCCAGUAAGACAGGUGUACCUGCAUUGGACCUGGUGAAGUUAUUUGGCAUUAGAUCAAGUGUUGUUCGAAAAAGGAAGGACUGGGAUGUAUAUGAACCAAUUGUUGAUCUCCUUUCAAAUGAGGAGGUGGAUGCCCUCGAGGCUAGAGAAGAGAAGAUUGCUCGAUGAUACAGCCAAUGGCCAUUGAAGGAAUACCAGCAUUUGAAAGAGAAACCGUGUUAAGUUUUAGAUGAUACAAUGAGAGACUAAAUCCUAGUCUUAGUUCAGCCAAAAUCCCAUGGUAGUCAUAGAUAAUUUUUAGAUUUUAACAUUGAUCCGCAGAUCGCUAGAUAGGUUUGUUGAAAGAAUAUGGAACAACACUUCAGUGUCCUGUGUUAAUAUAUCUUCACCGCGCUGAGAAACUAAUGAUAGCUAAUUUAGUUGUGUUCUAAA